AUGAGAGCUGUGGCGUGGGUGGCCUCGGCGGCGGGCCUGCUCGGCCUGUGCGCCACGCCAGUCCCGUGUCUGAGCGUGAGAAGUUACGACAAUCUGACUCUCGCCGAGCCGGCAGGCGCCCUGGAGGCGGACUAUUUCUCAGAUUACCUGCCGGCGUCGUUCGCGGAGAUCGAGGAGUCAAAAACGCGUCGCCGGGGUCUACUCCAGCGCCUUGGAGGAUGGAUGCGGCGCUCGCGUGUUUUCAGGAGGCGACGACCCAAGAGUGAAGAGGAGCCGCAGGCCAUUGAACUCAAGACUUUUGCGGGAGGGGCCGAGCUGGAUCCGGAGGCGGCGCCAGAGACGCCGCUUCCUGAGGCUCCACUCUCGAGGCGACAGAGACUCAUGGAGCGCCUGCGGAGCUGGAGGCGCAGUUUCGGGGGCGCUGCGAGUAGGGCAAGGAGUGCACUUGGCCAAGGGUGGCGUCGCGUGCGCACGGGGCUGGCGAAUAUGGCUGAUCGAUUCCGCGGGAGAUUCGGUCGGCGCACGCCGUUCAGGUUCACGUCGAACCAAGCUCCGGGGCAAGCAGUUCUGGCUUUCCUCGCAACCUCUUUGCCUGUGAAGGUGCCCGAGGGCGAGAUCCUGGACAUUGCCCGCGAGGCGCAGGUGGGUGAAGGCACGCAGAUCAAACUGGUGUCCGCGACGACUGGCGCCGCCGUCGACCUGACUAUUGGUGAGGCGCUGGGCUCGGGAGACUACAGCGCGGUCUUCGCUGCGAGCGUGCAGAACGCAAAAACCGACAUCGCAGUCAAAAUCUUCUUUGGCAAUAAGGAGGAACAACUGACCGUCGCAGCGACCGAGGCGCGAGUGCUGGAUCUGGUUGGGCUGAAGGACCCUGAGGCGGCUAUGCAGCAGAUCCGCAUCGUCGCCCCCAUUGAUACGCUGGUGUACCCUGAGGAGGCGACAGUCGACGCUGCCAAGACCGUGACACAGUUUCUCUUGGUGCCUCGCGCCGCUGUCUCGCUGCUCUCCAUCACUCGCUUCUUACGCAGCGAAGAGGCGGAGACCUUCGACAAGCGCGCACUUACAGAAGCUCGCUUGGCCGCAACUGUUCAGACCACUCAACUCCUCGCCGCUCUGCAUUCCAGUCGCCUUGUCCACGGCUUACUCGACCCGAAGAGCUUUUUGCUGUUCAGCGACGGUCUCUUCUACCUCUCCAACUUGGGCCACGCUCGUCGCCACGGCGAGAGACUCGUCACCUCGAAGCAAAGCAGAUACAGCGCACCCGAGGUAUUUGAAGACCAGAGUACACCCUACACGUACUCUCGUGACGCCUUUCCCCUCGGAGUCAUUCUCUAUGAGCUCUGGUGCGGAAGACUGCCGUUCAACAUCGGGACUCCCGGCGUAGACUCCUCAGAAAAAGUCGAGGUUUCGCAUCCUGCGACCGUGUACGCCAGCCUGCAGAACCUCGCCGCGGUGCUCACUUUUGAGCAGUGCUCGCCCGACAUGCCCUUGCCUGUCCAGAACCUUCUGCGCAAGUUCAUGAACCAAAGACGCUGGGCUCGCCUGUUGCCGCAGGCCGCACUCGAUGACGCAGACUUCCAGGCCAUCGUGGAGAUGAUCACGCGUGCGAGCUCUGACGAAAAUCACCUUUGA